GGUUGUGUGGCUUCAUCUAGAAAACGGUUGUUUUAUCGUGUUUCUGCUGGUAUUUCAGCAAACAUGUGUUCAGUUCAGCAUCUCAGAGAGUUUAUCAGAGAGAGACUAACUGCUGCUGCGGAGGAAAUCUUCACUCAGGUUGAAAAAACCAUCAUUAGCUACGAGGAAGAGCUCGAUGCUCAGCGCAGGAUGAUGGGGAUCAGCUGGAAACCAGACAUUAAGCUACACAGAGUCGGUUCGGAGCUGCAGAGACAAAGUUCUGGCCUCCAGGAUCCUCAUGUGUCGGUGAAGGAGGAAGCUGCUGCCGUCCAGCAGGAGCAGAGGUCCAGGCAUGGAGCUGAGUCUCAGUGGACUGAUACUCUUGUUAAAGUCAUUUGUUCUGAAGAGGAACAGAUGGAACCAGAACCUCCACUGACUGAAGAACAUUGGGAACCAGGAUCUCUAUGGAUUAAAGAGGAAGAGGAGGAGACACAAUCUGCAGUGUUUGAUUUUGAAGAGCAGGAACCAGAACCUUUACCGACCAGGCAGAACCAGAAGCACGUCUGCAGCGGUCAGGAGGGAGAACGGCUCGACCAGAAGCAGUUUGCUGCUCUGAUGGAGACUUUCACCCUCCAGAGUCGGGAUCUGAGUGAAGGAGAAGCGAGAAGUGAGCGUCCUUCCUUCCAGGUCUCUGCUGAAGCCGAGAGCAAAGAGCAGGAAGGAAGCAGCUCCACUGUGUCAGAGACUCAGACCCACAGUGACGGUCGGAAAGGGCCUGUCAGCUGCGGCAUGUGUGGGAGAUUACUGAAGAACAAAUGA